AUAUCGAAACGAACCUUCCUCAACGGAAUAUGCCUGUUAUUUAUGUCUGAGACAAUUGCAGUGCCUGCUGUACAGGUUUGGAUCGCAUGAAUGCCCUUGCAUGUUUCUUUCUUCCUUUCUGUCUUCUAUUUUUUCACACCAUGUUCCUUUGUUGCUGGACUGUUCGUUCUAUCUAACAAAGGGCUCGUUGACCUUGAAUCCAAUGCAUCCGAGACGUACGGGGACAAAGGCACAUGUAUGCAACCCCCCCCAUUGUUACGUAUAAAGUAUCUUAAACAGAUGCUCUUUGCCGAGGUGCCCAACAGCUAUCUUGCGACCUUUGGGUGCCGAGUUUACCGUUGAAUACAAUGGAAUGGACAACGGUUCAAAGCCAGUUGACAAUGCUCUGGAAAAUGUGUAUAGACUCCAAUUGGAGUCGCAGAACCGAUGAAUGAAAGG